AGAAAAUAAAUGAAAAGGAAGAUAUUACAAUUUUUUAGCAUAUUACAAUUUUCAUCAUUAUUGUUAUUAUUAUCAAUGAACAGGUCUUAGAUACAGAAGUUUUCAGUUACCACAUAAAAUACUAAGAUUUAAACAUUCCCACUGAGUCAUAAAAUGAAUAAAGUUAUCAAUGAAUAAAUUUAUUUUCGGUGAUAUCAUUCAUAGAAGCAAUACCAAUAACAACGCAAAAUAGUAUUUAAUCAUAAAAUAAAACAUUAAAAGUAGAAUUAUUAUUAAUGCGAAAAAAUAAUAUUUCCUGUAAUUAAAAAAAUUAUCCAUCACAUUAAUUGGAUUAUAUCAAAAUAUUAUUAAAUGAUUAUACUAUCUCAGAAUAUAUGAAUGUUCGGUGGAAUUCUUUAAUUUCUAUGUCAAAAUUUAAAUCUAAACGGAAGGCUGUGAUUUUAACCCAUCAUUGUAUUUUAUGCAGAUAUUGGUUACUGCUAUUCAUGUGUACAAAUCUACCUCAUGUGUGUAAUGCAUGCCAAAGUAUUGCAACAAUUAAAAUUACUGAAUAUUCCACUGAACAUUUUCAACAUCCAACUAACUUCACUACUAUCCAUUCAUUGUGGCCAAUGAAUCCAUUGAAUUCACAAUUGUCAAUAAAUUUAAGUGAAAUUCUUUUAAAAAAUUUACAUUUAUCCCCGGAUGAUAUAAACAGUACUCCUUUAUAUUUCUCAGAUAUUGAACAAAGUGAACCGUUUGUUAUACGUCGAAGAACCAAUGAUGAUCAUUUAAAAUCUUCUUGGUAUGAGUUAACCUCAAUCAUUCCAAUCAAUCGUGAGAUGAUAUGUGAUAAUAAACGCUAUCCAGAACGUGUUUCAAUUGCUCAAUUGUGUUGUUCACUAACUGCUUCAACAACAACAACAACAACAACACUGGGAAGGGCUAACAAUCUUCACAAUAGAAAUAUCCAUACUUUCAAUGGUCCAUGUUGUAUGUUCCUAGGUAUUACAAUUGCAUCAAGUAGUACAUAUUUCAUACGUGUAGAUAUUACUGAUGUAAAUGAUAAUGCACCGAAAUUUCAAGAUUUAAUACUUGGAAAAUCUUUAAUCAAUAAACAGGAUAACCAUGGGAGAUUUAUAAUUAGUGUAAUGGAGAAUACACCAACAGGCAAAUGGAUACCAUUGCCUAAAGCAAUAGAUUUAGAUGAAGGAGUAAAUGCUUAUGUACAAUAUUCAGUUAGAUUACCAAAUGAUGAACAUUUAUGGAAUGAAUAUUUUAAAUUGAUAGAUAAUGUACAAAGUGCUAAUAUUGAAUCACCUGAAUCUUCAACAAAAAUUUACCUUAAUAGUGAUACUAAUGAAUUUAGUGCUAUGACAUCAGAUUAUAAUGGACCUGGACUACUUAUACUAAAGACAUUGGAUCGUGAAAUAAUUACAGGUUUUUCAUUUAUAUUACUUGCAAAUGAUUUAGGAUUACCUUAUCCUAAAUCUAGUUCCCUAAAUAUUUGGUUGAGGAUUUUAGAUGAAAAUGACAAUCCACCAGUUUUUCAAAAGUCUGAAUUUCAAAUUGAAGUCAAUGAAAACAAAGCUGGUAUCCCACUACUGAAUAUCCGUGUAAACGAUUCUGAUAUUGACGCGAAUGCAAGACUUACUUAUUAUAUACGUACAGUAAAUGGUAUAAAUCAAGUUAGUCCUGAGUAUUUACGCAGUCACAUACAAUUAUUGCCAUCCAUGGAAGGUGUUAGUUUGAGAAUUAGUCAGCCGUUGGAUUAUGAGGUACAAUCUCAGUUGACAUUUGAAAUUGUAUGUGUUGAUCAAGGUCAUCCACCAUUAUCUGCAUCUGCUCAAGUUAAAGUUACAAUAUUAAAUAUUAAUGAUAAUGCACCAUUAAUUAAAUUUUAUCAUCAUGGACAACCAUUAGAUUCAAAUUAUGCUCAAAUUAGUGUCUUCGAAAGUGAUUGUGGGAAUCAUUCUAUAGAAAAUCAAAUAUUAUGCCAUGUACAUGUCACAGAUUUAGAUGAUUUAAACAGUGUUCAAUGCUCAAUAGAAGGAAAUAAAAAUAAACAAUUUGAAUUGAGAGAGGUAACUACAAACAGACUUGUACAAAAACGUAAAAUAUUUGAUUUAAUCACAGUUAAAUCUUUGGACAGAGAAGAUAUACCACAGCAUACACUGGUAAUUCGAUGUCAAGAUGGUACAACAGAAUCGAGUCUAGUUGGGCGUAAUCAACUACAAAUUAUUGUUAAAGAUCGCAAUGACAACGCACCACAAUUUACUCAAGAACAUUAUAAAGGACAUGUCAAAGAGAAUGCUGCAAAUACGAUUGUCAUGCUGAUGAAUUCGAAUUCUCAAUCUUUAAAAAACACAUUUCGAAAUGUGAUACAUGCUACAGACCUAGAUAUUGGUAUGAAUGGACAAAUCACCUAUUCGCUAGAGCCAUUAUAUCAUCCUGAUCAAAUUAAAUCUAUUCAGAACUAUACUGAUGACAAUGAGAAAAGUGUUACGUUACUAAAAGAAAAUCAAGUUUCUCUGGAUACUAAAACAAAGGGACCUAUAUCACCUAAAAAUUCUACUGAAGACUCAGAAAAGUAUCAGGAAAAUCAUUCAGUUCAACGUGACACACGAAAAGAUGUUGAAAGCUUUUACAUAGACCCAAUAAGUGGUCAGUUAAGAACACGUAUUGAAGUAGAUUGUGAACAGCAAAAUGUGUAUUAUUUCACUGUGGUUGCAACAGAUCAGGCUACACCACCAGAUAAACGGCAAACUGCUACAGCUUUUGUGACCAUCACAGUUGAUGACGAAAAUGAUAACCCACCAGUUUUAGAGCAACGCCAUUAUAUUUUCGAUAUCUCUGAAGGUCUACCUCGUCACACAUUAGUUGGUCAAAUCAAGUCAACUGAUGCAGAUCGAGCAAAAGAAAAUCGAUAUAUUACUUAUGAACUUCGUGAUGUAGUGAAUAUAAAUGCAUCAAAUUUGAUUUUUAUAGAACCUCAAACUGGGAUACUUCGUACGCGAAAAAUUUUAGAUCGUGAAGAAAUACAACAAAUCCCUUUUAUUAUUAUUGCUCGUAAUGAAAAACCAAAAGCGAAAUUUUCAACAGGUGAUUUAAAUAGAACAAUAUUCUAUGAUGAAGCAAGUGUUACUAUCAAUAUAAUUGAUCAGAAUGAUAAUGCACCAGUUAUACUUCGACAUGGUGAAACACUGCAAUACAAUACAGAUGAAGGAGGCUCACUUCAACAAACAAAACAAUUUCAACAACCUUCAAUAAUCGAUUUAAAAUAUAAUUUAAACAUUAAAGAUCCUUUCAAUUCAUGUAUAGAAUUCCCAUACUACUUUACAGAUGCUGAUGAAAAAGAAAAUGCUCAAAUUGAUAUUUCUCUUGAGAACAAUCCUUACUUUGAAUUUCGAUUAGAUCAUACACUUAUAUGUAAGAUAGGUAAAGAAGAUCCACCUAUAGGUCAACAUACUAUGCACAUUAUAGUACAAGAUCGUCCCACAGAUCUAACAAAAUCAUUGAAACGACGUUAUGCUAUUCGUAUGCAUGUUGUUAAUGAACACAUUUCAACAGUUGAACCACAGAUAAAUAUGCCUAACAAUAUAGAAUCUGACUCAUUAUCACUAUUACCUAGUAAUAUACAGUCAGCGAAAUGGCUUCAACCAGUACGCUUAACAGCAAAGGAUAAAAAAGAACUGAAUAUUGAUAAUCAGUAUAGCAAUAAAAUCUCUGAUAAUAUUCAUCAGUAUCAGUCAUAUCAAUCAAAUGAAUUAUUAGAUGAGUCUUCAUAUCGAUUUAGUUUAAGCACAAUGACUAUUGUAGCCGUCUUAAUCUCUGUGGCUGGACUUCUUUGUCUCUUAUUAAUUGGUGCAGUAAUUGCUAUGAAACGGAUUGUACCCAGUUCUAGUAACGAAGUUCCAGUGUGUUUGCAGAAAAACGGUGAUACAGAAUCAGAACAUCCUGGAGUAUCUGUGUGGAAUAUGACGUCAUAUCCGAAUACUGAUUACACAUUAAAUAUGGGAUCAGGAAAAUUUGUUGAGCAUCAUUCAAAUUGUCAAACUAGCAAAUAUUUUACUCAAAAUUCAUCUAAUUCAUUUGGAAUUGAUUCUGGAAACGCUCAAUGUCAUCAACUUUAUCCAUCAACUACACAUUCACUAGAAGUUACUACUCAAAGAUUUUCACCUAUCAGUGUUGGCUCACUAUAUGGUUCCGUUAAAUAUUUCACUCAACCUAUAACCAUUCCAACAACAUUUAAAGUUGAUACACAAAAAUCAUCUACUGAUAUAAUUGUAUGUGAUAAAUCUCAUAUAGAAUUAAAUGAUAAGAGAAAUUCAAUUUUAUCAAAAUCUUGUGAUGAAUUACAUACGAUAACAGAAUCUAUGAAUAAUAGACCAUUACAACACAUUACUGCUCCAUCCUAUGAAGAACAUAUCACAUUGAGUCCAGAUCAAAUCUAUGCUAUUAAAUGUCAGUCAAUUAAACCGAAAUAUAAUGAAUUUAACAAUAAACAACACAAUGAAUCCAAUAAUAAUAAUAAUAUAAGUGAUAAUAUUCAACAAACAAUUUGGCUUUUGUCAAACAAUAACAAUAAUAAGUCUAAUAUAUUAUUAUCACCAAAUAAUAUAUCAGAUUAUCAACAAUUGGAACGAAUAAAACUUUCUUCAAUACUUCGUAAACCAGAAGCUGGUGAAUUCUCAUCUAAAUCUUCAAAUAAUGAAAAAAAUAUUAAUAAUAAUAAUAAUUGCUCACAUAAUAAUCAUGAACAACAAAAUAAUUUACAUAUUAUCAAACAGACAAUAUCUGUUAAUAAUCAGUUUUCCCAACCUACACCACUAUUGUCUACUUGUUCUGUAAAAUGCUUAAACUUACAAAAAUCAUUCGUUUAAUCGACUUCUUAGUAAUGAUAAUGGUGAUGGAACAAAAGAGAAAGAGAAAGAAUUAGCGAGUACACUAAAACAUUGAAUCACUUUUAUCUAUUUGAAUAAAAGCGAAUAAAAUGUCUUAAUAUUUGUAUCUACAUUCAUAAGCAUGUAUACUCACUGAAUUAUCUUAUUCUCGUGAAUAAACUCAACAUUUUUGUUUUUAAUGGUAAGAUGUAUAGCAAUUUUGUUAGCUAAGAAUAAAAUUAUAUAUUCUGUUA